AUAUUGGUGUUACGCGCGUUUAACCGUCGUGAAUCCACGUAAACCACCUUAAGCCCAAGCCAACAAUGUCAACAAAAUUAAACUUUGAGUCCAGCUUAGACAAGGCACCCAAUUCUACACCGCCUCCAUAGCAAAAAUGGCUACAAUUCAAUCCGAUUUUCGGUGGGUUCUGCUUCGCGUAUCGUCGUCUUCAUCGUCGUUCCCGUCGUCUUCAACCGUUCGAUCUCUCAGCUCGACUUUCAUGAAGUCCCGCGCCGCCGUAGUUCGCCGGGCUUUGACGUCGUCUUAUUCUACGGCGUCGUCGUUUCGUUUGCGGGCUUUCUCUAGUGACGUGGCUCCAGAUACUUCCGCUGUCAAGAUCGAGGAUAAACCGUCGAUUUGUACCGCCGAUGAGCUUCAUUAUGUUUCCGUUCCCAACUGUAACUGGAGACUCGCUCUCUGGCGGUACCAACCUUGCCCUAAGGCUGUUCAGAGGAAUCACCCGCUUUUGUUGUUGUCAGGAGUGGGAACAAAUGCCGUUGGAUACGAUCUUUCUCCCAAGUCUUCAUUUGCUCGUUACAUGUCUGGACAAGGAUUUGACACAUGGAUUCUGGAAGUUCGAGGUGCUGGGUUGAGUUUGCGUGGAUCAAAUACAAAUAUUAAAGAAAUUGAGCAGUCAGCCCAAGCAAUAUCUGAGCAAAUGGAAGCUGCUGCUGAGGGUGUAACUAAUGAAGCUUUGUCUUCCGAACAGCAGUCAAACAAUGUUCUCAGUGCCUUGACUUCUGAUAACUCUAUUGUCAGAGGAGAAAAGUCUGAUGCAGACAUGAAAGGCAUAGCAACAAUGUGGGAUGAAUCAAUACUGGUGACAAGGUUGACAGACACUUUUAUGCGAUUGUCAGAAAGACUUUCUGGCUUUCUCAGUGAAAGUCAAUCCAAGCUUAUGUCUGCUAAGCUACUUGAUCAAAUUUCAAAACUACUUCUAGACUCCCAAUUAUCUGAGCGAUUCAAUGAGAUAAGGGAUAGCUUUUUAAACUUGUUCGAGAGACGGCAGAACUCGGGUGUUGCUGGACAAAUUAAGGACUUGAGUCAGAAGGUUGUAACUAUUGUUGAAGAGGGUCAGCGAUCUGUCUCACCUCAACUGUUUGACUUACAAGAGCGUUUUGCCUCAACUAUAGAAGAUUUUCAAAAUCAACUUGACUUGAUGGUGAAGUAUGACUGGGACUUUGAUCACUACCUGGAAGAGGAUGUUCCUGCUGCGAUGGACUACAUAAGGGCUGUAAGUAAGCCAAAGGAUGGUAAGUUGCUUGCAAUUGGACACUCCAUGGGUGGCAUCUUGCUUUAUGCCAUGUUAUCACGAUAUGGUUUUGAAAAAAGAGAUCCUAAAUUGGCAGCUGUAGUUACUUUGGCAGCAUCUCUUGACUACACAUCUUCAAAUUCAACACUCAAAUUGCUCUUACCCCUUGCAGAUCCUGCACAGGCUCUUAAUGUACCUGUUGUUCCUUUAGGGGCAAUUUUGGCUGCUGCGUAUCCUCUUUCGUCUCGUCCUCCUUAUGUCUUGUCUUGGCUUAACUAUUUGAUUUCAGCAGAAGACAUGAUGCACCCAGAGCUAUUAGAGAAGCUUGUCUUGAACAAUUUUUGCACAAUACCUGCAAAGCUUCUUCUGCAGCUUACGACAGCAUUCAAAGAAGGUGGGUUACGUGACAGGAAAGGUGCAUUCUUCUAUAAGGAUCAUCUGCAUGAAUGUAAUGUCCCUGUUUUGGCACUAGCGGGGGACAAGGAUCUAAUAUGCCCACCUGAAGCUGUUGAGGAAACUGCCAAGUUGAUUCCUGAACACCUGGUCACCUAUAAAGUAUUUGGAGAACCUACAGGUCCACACUAUGCUCAUUACGAUUUGGUUGGCGGACGAAUGGCAGUGGAGCAGCUUUAUCCCUGUAUAGUCCAAUUUCUUAGUCUUCAUGAUUCAAUCUGAUUCUCUACACCAAAUCUAACUUUACAUAUAUUCUGACCUCAGAGAACUCGAUACAUUAACCGGUUUCCACUUCCUCCUUUUAACAAUAGUUUUUGACUCCCUCUCGGAUUCUGGAUUAUUGAUUUAGUACGAAAUCCCUAAAUCGACAAGCGCGGAAUUACAUGCCGAACAGAAUGAUUUGGGGAAUUUUGCAUGCACCACUGUUCCCAUCACAAAAAUGGAAAUUUUGGUACCGAAGCAAAUACCAGAAAAUUAGGGAGGGGAAACACAAUUUGUAAUCACAUUAGUUGUGGAUGACUUUGCCGCAGAAAAGGUCAUUUGUUGUUUUCAGAUUUGGUAACAUAUGCCAAGUUUGCCAUUCUUGAUAUUUAUGAAAAUUGAUAAUUGUUCAAGUUUUAAUUUAAGUCCAAGAGACAAAAAUGAUAACGUCUCAGAAUUUUAUUUCCAAACAUGUUUUUAGAAAGUUGAUCUUACUGCCUCUUAUUUUGGGGGAAGAGUUGAAUUAUUUCUGAGGUAGAGAAAGUCACUGGCCCCCUUCUGUAUUUUCGUGUCUUGUAAUCUGUAUGAACAUUGCCCCAUAUGGACCAUAUUUUUGUUCUGUUUUUUAUUUUAUAUAGUUUGGUUUGGUCAAUAUUAUUAAUUUUCAUU